UAGAUGCAGAUCUUCGUCAAGACCCUGACGGGCAAGACGAUCACGCUGGACGUGGAGCCGUCGGACUCGAUCGACAACGUCAAGCAAAAGAUCCAGGACAAGGAAGGCAUCCCGCCUGACCAGCAGCGCCUGAUCUUCGCCGGCAAGCAGCUGGAGGACGGCCGCACGCUGAGCGACUACAACAUCCAGAAGGAGUCGACGCUGCACCUGGUGCUGCGUCUGCGUGGUGGCAUGCAGAUCUUCGUCAAGACGCUGACGGGCAAGACGAUCACGCUGGACGUGGAGCCGUCGGACUCGAUCGACAACGUCAAGCAAAAGAUCCAGGACAAGGAAGGCAUCCCGCCUGACCAGCAGCGCCUGAUCUUCGCCGGCAAGCAGCUGGAGGACGGCCGCACGCUGAGCGACUACAACAUCCAGAAGGAGUCGACGCUGCACCUGGUGCUGCGUCUGCGUGGUGGCAUGCAGAUCUUCGUCAAGACCCUGACGGGCAAGACGAUCACGCUGGACGUGGAGCCGUCGGACUCGAUCGACAACGUCAAGCAAAAGAUCCAGGACAAGGAAGGCAUCCCGCCUGACCAGCAGCGCCUGAUCUUCGCCGGCAAGCAGCUGGAGGACGGCCGCACGCUGAGCGACUACAACAUCCAGAAGGAGUCGACGCUGCACCUGGUGCUGCGUCUGCGUGGUGGCAUGCAGAUCUUCGUCAAGACCCUGACGGGCAAGACGAUCACGCUGGACGUGGAGCCGUCGGACUCGAUCGACAACGUCAAGCAAAAGAUCCAGGACAAGGAAGGCAUCCCGCCUGACCAGCAGCGCCUGAUCUUCGCCGGCAAGCAGCUGGAGGACGGCCGCACGCUGAGCGACUACAACAUCCAGAAGGAGUCGACGCUGCACCUGGUGCUGCGCCUGCGUGGUGGCAACUAAGUCGUCAACGACGUGGACCCGCUUGCAGGUAAUGGCUGCUGGAUGAAGUAAGUGCAGCAGUCGCUAGCGCCUGAGGAUAAUAGAUAGCGCAGCUAUCGAGUCAUGAAAGUAUAUGGUGAAUUCUUCUGGUUU